AGCGGCUGGAGUUGUCCGAACGAGUGUGAUCCUGUUCUGUUGUCCGGUAUAGAGUGCGGGUAUCAGAAUGUUCCGGCUCCUCGUCGCCUGCCUGGUGGCGACCCAGCUCGUCCCGUCGCGGUGCUCCUCCCUCGCGGUUCUGCCAGAUGAUGAGGAGGACGAGGAGAUGUUCCAAAUGCGAUCCGAUUUCGAGGAGUUCAAAGUGGCUUACAACAAGAGUUAUACCGGAGAGGAAGAAGAGAAUCGCCGUUUCCAGAUCUUUGUAGAGAACAUGAAGAAAGCGCAGGUGAUGGAGGACGAAGACAAAGGAACGGCCGAGUAUGGAGUCACCAAAUUCAGUGACAUGACAGACGAAGAAUUCGAUCAGUUCUACCUAAACCCGUCAAUGAUGAACGACACGUCCUGGAUGCAGGAAAUGGCGAAGGUGCCAGUGGCCGAGCCAAUCGAGAACUGUCGGAUACGUCGGCAACUGGACUGGCGACGUUGCGGUGCGGUAACUUCAGUCAAAAACCAGAUGCGCUGCGGGUCCUGCUGGGCCUUCGCAACCAUCGCUAACCUGGAGUCCGCGUGGUUCCUGAAGACCAAGCAACUGGUGAGCAUGUCAGAGCAAGAGCUCCUGGAUUGUGACCGUCUUGACAACGCCUGUCGUGGUGGUUAUCCCUACAACGCCUUCAGAAGCAUCAUGCAGCUGGGGGGGAUGAUGACUGCCAGGGACUAUCCCUACCAGGCAGCGAGGCACCGGUGCAGGUUCCAGCAGACACGCGUCAUUGCCCGGGUCCAGACCUACAGGAUGAUCAGGCCUCAUGAGUAUGAAAUGAUGAAGUGGGUAUCCAGCAGAGGACCCAUCAUCAUCAUGAUGAACGCGAAGGCGCUGAAAGGCUACAGGGGAGGCAUCAUCCGACCCAACUGGUGCCCCUGCACCAGACUCAAUCAUGUGCUCCUGAUUGUGGGGUAUGGAGUCGAAAGGAGGUCGCCUUACUGGAUCAUAAAGAACAGCUGGGGAAGCAACUGGGGCGAAAGCGGAUACUUCCGCAUCUACCGUGGUGAGAAGGCCUGCGGACUGAACCGUUUCCCCCUGACUGCCAUUGUUUAGCCGGCAGCUCCGAGGCAAAUCGCGGCCGGCCCUGGGUGGUCCAAGGCAGUGUGCCACCUCCAAUACCGCAGCUUAGCAAACCUUUCUCGACAAGUGGGAGUGCCUCCCCCCUCACCCCACCUUCCCAUUCCCCAUCUCACCGCUCCAUCCCUCGGUACUAUUCCAGUGGCAGCCCCCGGUCAUCCAGCCAUUCUGGCCGGAGCCUCCUGCCCCUGCCAGACAGGCCCACAAGCCCCACCGCUCCGACCUGCAGUCCAAUCCAUGAGAGAAACACCGAGGGUUGUCGGGAGACCGUGCCCAGAUAACCAGAGCUCUUGUGUUGAUCCCACACAGGGCUGCACCAAUCAGAGGCCCCAAGCCAACGUAGGGAGGGGAUUGAAGAAUUACCACACCAUUUGUUGGGAAUGAUUGGUUCAUUGGAAUGGAUCCAUCUUGGUAUAGGAGCGUUCCAUUGGAAUGCGGGCUGGUUGGAAGGGGAGGAGUCGGUACCACUUCCUGUUGGUCCCUGGUACGGAUGGAUCCCUUUGGGAAUGAAUGCAUUCAUUCCACAUCUUUUACUGGGAAGCAGUUGAUCGAUUAGAUCAUAAGACGCAGGAAUAGAAUUAGACCAAUCGGCCCCUUGAGUAUUGGCUGUUUUAUUCACUGGAGUGGUCUCCCUUGUGGGAUGAUGGGUUGGCAUUGGCUCAUAUCCUCACUGAUUUCCCAUUUGAUUGGGCUUUAAUUGAAACCAGUUCUGCAUUUUCUUUUGGCUUUUGCAAAGACUCAAUAAAAAUG